ACCCUCGCACCGCAGACAGAUCUGAUGCUCUCCUAUGGCCUGAACAGUACAAAAUACGUCAACGUCAGCCUGACGACAACCUCUCCCGGCGUGCUCCUUGAGAGCAUCAACAGUAUCACAGCGGUGGAGUGCUCGGUGAACAGCGUGAGCAUGGUGUUCAACAGCAGCGAGACCCUGGAUGCUGCCCUGGCCGAGUGGAGUGGUUAUGAUGAGUUGGUGCUAGUGACAAAUCAUAUGGGCGAUUGUGACACGGAGUUUGAGAGAGGUUUCUUUGUCGCGGCAGAGUGGACGAGUGAUUCGAGUGCAUUGUCUCUUGUGGCGAGUGCCGAGAAGACAAAUGUCACGAAUGUUGCGUCCUACAUGCGCGCCAACUUUACAGGCCUCCCCUCCACCACCAGCACUGUCACAUCCACACGACGCCGGAAGCGCGACGUCGUGAUCGACCCCUCAGACGUAACCAUCUCCACGGAAUGGGACCUGCCAGCCACCACUCUGUACGAGUACGACCCCUAUUUCACAGCCAAGGCCGACAGCGGCGCGGUGGCGCUAUCCGUGAUGCUCGGUGGCUACCUGGACUUCGACGUCAGCUCGGCCACCCUCGCCUCGCUGUACGUGGACGUCGAGACGACCACCUCGGUGGACCUUGUGCUCGAGCUGGACGUCACCGCCCCCUACGACGGGAACUUCUCGUACGGCGACGGGGUCGAGUACUACCUCGUCAACGUGCCCGGCAUCCUGACCUUUGGCCCAGAGCUGACCCUGGCUGUGGGCGCCGAGAUCAGCGUCGAUGCGGCCGUGGACAUUGUUCUCGACCUCGGCGCAGAGAUCGACAACGGCACCGUCCACCUCGACUUGGUCGGGAACGGCACGACGGCCGCGGGUUGGACGCCGAGCUACCACGCCAACCUGACCCUCGGCGAGGAGGCCACCGUCGGGGUCACCCCGUUCGUGUCUGUGACGGUCGAGCUUGACUUUGAGAUCCUGGGCGGGCUGCUGGACCUCAGCGCGGGCCUCACGCCCGAGGUGUCGUUCCCUGUCACCGCGACCCUGGACGCCGCGCAGGGUGUCAGCGCCGGCACGGGGACUAACGUGACGGUGGCGCAAGUUGUGGAUGGGGCUGGGUGUAGCAAUGGCGUCGAGGUGCUGAGCGAUUUCGAGUUUAAUCUCGAACUCUUUGUUACCGAGUUUUGGUCCGAGUCGCUGUACAAUGUUACGGUGCCGAUUGCGGAUGAGUGUUAUUCUUGG